AUGAGCUGCCAGGCCUUCAGCAGUACUGACUCAUUCAGCACUUUGAGCGGUGAUUCAGCUGCGCUGCCUCUACUUAUGCACCAUGCUGGAGGUGCUGACUGCCUUCCUGUCACCAGCCACACUACCAACAUUAUGCCUCCAGUUCCCUCAGGUUUGCCCCUAGUCCAGUCGUCCAAGCGCUCUCACAUGCAUCUUUCCACAUCUGCCCUUAGUAAUGCCUCAGCUGGCCUGCACUACUCCAUGCCGCCAUGUCACUAUAGCAACCAGCAGACCACCUAUGGCAUGAUGGCAGCACAGGAAAUGCUCUCAGCCAGCAUCUCCCAGACACGCAUUCUGCAGACCUGCAGCGUCCCACACAAUAUGGUUAAUGGAGCAAACUCUCUUCAAGGUGCCCUGGCUCCAUGUCUGUAUAAGUUCCCUGAGCACAGUCUGGCGGGGGGCUCGUGCACUCUGUCCCACAGUUUCUCCGCACUGCCCCAGGCCCUGUUCACAGAUGAGCCCCCCCUGGGGGACAUCAAGCAGGAGCUGAGGAGGAAGAGUCGAGCAGCAGAGGAGCCGCCAGACAUGGACUCACCCCAGAUCCGUGAGCUCGAGAAGUUUGCCAAUGACUUCAAACUGCGCAGAAUCAAACUUGGUUACACUCAGACUAACGUUGGAGAGGCUCUAGCAGCUGUACAUGGCUCUGAGUUCAGCCAGACCACCAUCUGUCGCUUUGAGAACCUACAGCUCAGUUUCAAAAACGCAUGCAAGCUGAAGUCCAUACUUGCCAAAUGGUUAGAAGAGGCUGAGCAGGCUGGUGCAUUAUUUAAUGACAAAAUGGGACUUCAAGAACGCAAAAGGAAGCGAAGAACCACCAUCAGUCUAGGGGCCAAGGAGGCACUGGAGAGGAAUUUUGUAGAGAAGAGUAAGCCAUCCUCACAGGAGAUUGUGCGCAUGGCGGAGGGACUACAUUUGGAGAAAGAGGUGGUUCGUGUUUGGUUCUGCAACCGCAGACAGCGGGAAAAAAGAGUCAAGACAAGUCUACACCACAGCUCUUUUAUGACCAAAGAUACUGUAUGUAGAAAUGAUAGAUGA